AUGUUCGGGAAACCAGACAAAAUGGACGUUCGGUGCCACUCGGACGCAGAGGCUGCCCGGGUCUCGAAGAACGCGCACAAGGAGAGCCGGGAGAGCAAGGGUGCAGAGGGGAGCCUCCCCGCCGCUUUCCUAAAGGAGUCGCAGGGCGCCUUCUCCGCGUCGGGCGCCGCGGAAGAUUGUAACAAAAGUAAAUCCAAUUCGACUGCCGAUCCGGAUUACUGCCGCCGGAUCCUAGUCCGAGAUGCCAAGGGUUCCAUCCGAGAGAUCAUCCUGCCCAAGGGCCUGGACCUGGACCGGCCCAAGAGGACGCGCACGUCCUUCACGGCGGAGCAGCUGUACCGGCUGGAGAUGGAGUUCCAGCGCUGCCAGUACGUGGUGGGCCGAGAGAGGACCGAGCUCGCCCGGCAGCUUAACCUCUCCGAGACCCAGGUGAAGGUCUGGUUCCAGAACCGGCGCACGAAGCAGAAGAAAGACCAGGGCAAGGACUCGGAACUGCGCUCGGUGGUGUCGGAGACGGCCGCCACGUGCAGCGUGCUGCGGCUGCUGGAGCAGGGCCGCCUGUUGUCGCCGCCCGGCCUACCCGCGCUGCUGCCGCCCUGCGCCACCGGCGCGCUCGGCUCGGCGCUACGCGGGCCCAGCCUGCCGGCCCUGGGCGCCGGCGCCGCGGCGGGCUCGGCCGCCGCCGCCGCCGCGGCCGCCGCCCCGGGUCCCACCGGCGCCGCGUCCCCGCACCCGCCGGCCGUGGGCGGCGCUCCGGGCCCCGGGCCCGCUGGGCCAGGGGGACUGCAUGCGGGCGCGCCGGCUGCCGGCCACGGCCUCUUCAGCCUACCCGUACCCUCGCUGCUCGGCUCCGUCGCCAGCCGCCUGUCCUCCGCUCCGUUGACAAUGGCCGGUUCGCUGGCAGGGAAUUUGCAAGAACUCUCCGCCCGAUACCUGAGCUCCUCGGCCUUCGAGCCUUACUCCCGGACCAACAAUAAAGAAGGGGCCGAGAAAAAAGCGCUGGACUGAUUUUACGUGUUUGCCUGUAUUUAUAUUUAUAGUAUCUAUUGUGGUGAUAUUUAUGGACUCGCGUAUUCGGCGCCCGAGGCUCCUGGGAUGGGCUUCCCGCUCCCACCAGGCCUCUGACAGCUCUCCUUCCCCAUUAGUCUCUGCUACUAAUCUUAUUUUGGGCUACUUUUUUUCUACCUUCCCUCCGUCCUCCUCUCCUCCCCCCAACUUCCUUCUGAAUCCAGGAGAAUCCAAAGAAUUGGGGGGGGGGGAUGCCCGAAUUAGCCAACUGAUGCCCCAACCGAUGCCAGGCCCUGGAAGGAAAAGACUGGUUCUAAGUCAAAGCACAGGCCACCUGCUCUAGAUCGGGCUGGGCCGCUGCUGCCGGUGAUCAUUCUUAUGAAUAUUGAAAGAGGAAAGCUGCGCGCAGAGCCCUGGGGCUGAAAAAGCUGGUAGGUUUCGUUAGAGCAAAAAGGAAGACGUUCCUCCCUCCUGCCAGAGAAACCAGGGCUUUGGGGAGCCCCUGAGCCCCACUUUAUGGACUGCUUGGGAGAGCCGAUGCACACGCAGCUUUCUGGCUGGACAAAUCUUGCCGAUUCCCCCCCUCCCCCCCCCCCCAACACCUCUAGAGAAGCAACAAUCACAACCACCCCCGACCUCAGGAGAUACACCAAACAUCACGGUGGGCAACGGCGGUAAUACAUUUGAUCGGAUCAGCAAUAAAGCCACAGUAAUAACUACCACAUAAAACCAGAUGAAGUGAAACCAGUUUUUAAAUACUCCUGUCACAAUCGAGUUUGGACGGCUUACGAAAAUCCACGAUAGAGAACGCUCCGCGGGGCAAUGCAAAAUUCAAGUUCUGGGUGUCAUGACUUUACACGGGAACUUAAAAGGAAAAAGCAAAAGGAAAGCCAACGCCGCUAGUGACAGACAAUUCAGAAUCUUUUCUCCGAGGCUGUUCGGGGCGACGGCCGACAGCUCCCCGCUCCGGGAGCGAGGGAAGGGCGGCUGCCGGGCUCUUCUCGCCAGCGUCUCCCCGACGACGCGCAGGCAGAAUUGCUGGGCUUGGAGACGAAUCGAUGCCCUUGGCGUCCUCUUCCCCACUCCCGGAUUCAGGAAACCCUUCCAGCACGCAGGAAACGACUGGAUUUCAGAGCUCUUCUUGGAGGACCAGGUGUCAGGGACGGAGACGGGGACAGCGGGGCUACCCGGCCUCCAGUUGGUAGUCUCGGUAUUCAGAUCAGCUACCUGCUCAGAUAGGAAAGGCUUCCCUCCCCACCCC